AGUAGUUACCAUCGCUCAAGUACAUCCGUAAACAUCGAUAUCGUAGGUAUACGUUUAAACGUUUAAGUUCCAAAUAGGUACAACAGUAUGUGCCCAACUCGUUUGAAUAGAAUAUUUUUACGUCACCUGAAUAAUUUCUUUUAUAUAAUAUAAUUUUGCGACAACGCGGCUUUUCGUUUAUAACUAUUCGUAAAAUCGGUGUAUAUACGAACACAUUACUGCAGGUACUCUAACGUCAUCCAUUCGUCCAGAUAGAGAGUCCGCCGUCUCGUCAUGAAAUCCGACGGCGGAACGCUGGUCCGGUUGACGCUGAGCGGCGGCGCGUUAGUCGCAUCCACCGCGGCAGCCUGCUGUUUCGUGACCGUGUGGUGGUACUGGUACUACGAGCUCGACGCCGACUGCGUGCAAGCGCGCGACUGCAAAUGUCUGCUGUUUGGCACGAGCUUUGCGGGCGGAGGUUUCGUGGGCGGCGACCGGUUCGCGUGCCUGUACGUCACGUACUCGCUGGUGGCGUCUGCCGGGCUAGGGGCCUGCGCAUGCGUAUACCACGGUUGCAGGGCACUACUUUGCCCGAGUCGCGGCCUCCGUCGCCGGCACCGGCAUCACCGGCCCGUCAGGACAGCGGCCGAGACCGGCCCGGAGGACGGCACCAGAAGCGUCAACAGUCCACAGAUACAGAUAAGUAGUUCAACGGCGUGUUUUGCAAUUAUUCUCGCUGUCAUGGCGUUAAAUAUGUUUAUUGCAUCCAUUGUAUUGAGCAAUGGAUAUAUUUCAACCUGUCUGGAGUACGUGCAUCGAGUGAAAAGUUUUUUGAUGGUUUCCGGAAAUAUGGUAGAAUUGAUAACAAAUCGUAUGUCUUGUGGAACCAUUUAUGACUUUAUGGAUUACUUACAACCGCCAUCGCGACAAGUGACAUAUGAACUAAUCCAUCGACGCAAGACCAAUCCACGUGAUUCUGUGAUUAAUACAUCGGUACUUUUAAUAAUAUCUAUUGUACUGUCGUGGUUGAAUACACUAAUAUGGGUUAUAUUUACGUGUUAUACUUAUUAUUUUAAGUAAAUAAGGGUACGUAUAUCUACUCGUAGUAAAUAGUUUUACUUAUUUUUAAAGUAAUUUAUUGAGGAAUGCGCUAUUUAUUUUAUUAGCUGUUAAGCAAUGCGAUUUGUGAGGAACAUUUUAACCAUUAUUCCUGUACGUAAAAUAAUAAAUUGUUUGUAAGAAAAAUGAA